AUGCAGAACAGGACACAGCAAACAUUGAGUACGAUCGCACCUCAAAUACAAUUUGGGACCCCUUACCAGGACAGCCAGCUCCGUCGCAGAAGCCUCUCAAAUAUCCCGGCAUGCAGGGCCCGUGGCUCGCCAUGGCCCAUCCUCACGUUCCAACCCAACAUACACCAGCAACUGGAGCGCAACGAAGAAGCGGAGGAGUCGCUCCGGCUCGCAGAUGCUGUGCGCAAGAGAAACUGCAUCAGAGCAGUGCUGGCGAUACUCGCAACUGAACAGCUUACCUGGGGCGCCAUGGUUGAAUGGAUCUCAACCGACAAAGCCUUUCGAUCUGAUCGUUGGUUUGGCUUCUUCAAGAAACCUGACGACGUGACUCGUGUCUUGGAUCUGUGGGCACACCAGUCAACAACAGUCGGGAAGAUGACUAUCGUUUCGCGGACGGUUGCAAAAGAGGCGGAAGCAGUAACGAAGAGCAACUUACUUCAGACCAGCACAAAGCCCAUCACAGAUGAUCUUGUUCUUUCCUUUGACCUGUGCGCCAUCCACCAAUCCAUCUUCAAGAUGUGCCCCACCACAACGACCGUUUUGACACAUUUUGCGUCGACUCCUCGCCAGCGGGAGGUCAUAGCAUCGAGACGGGACCCUGAUGCAAGCGAUGAGGAUAAGGAUAGGGCCGAGAAGCGGAAAGAGGCACGGAUCGGAGCGUCCAUGACAGAUCUGCUAGGCGAACGAAGUCAGAGAAACAGUCUAGGACGACACAUGCUUGGUCUCUAUCUCUACGCCUCCGGGGUCGGUCGCCAGCCUAUCUCUGUCCUCGCCACACUGGGGAUAUGCAGCACCUACGCCGCAAUCGUAGGCAGUGGAACAACGCACUAUGACCUUGACGAUGCUCCGCAAGGACCUGGUAACCACACAAGCAGCGCUGCUCCCGGCACCGCCAACACGGCGCUCAACGGUGCGAGCUACAUCCUCCGGCCGUUCGACUGGCGCCAUAUGGGUAUUCUCCGACGCAUCUCGUUCUCCUGUCGUUCAAAAGCUCGGGACCUCGCUCAAACCACCCUCGUCGGCUAUGUCUACGACAACAUCAACAUCGUUUUCAAGAUUGCAGAGCAGAUCCUCGGCCGCAAAGAUGCUCUCGAGAGUGGCACUUGUGCAACUAUCUUCCCCCUCCACGACGCCGCCCCCGAACACAUGCAAACCGCUGACCUCCUUGCCUCUAUCAAAGCCGCAAAACCUCUCGAGAUCGACGAUAUAGAACUCACACCUGAAGAACGAAAACUGCUCGAUGACAGUCUCAUCCACACCAUCCUCCGCGUUAUUGUCCACAGCUCUCCCGCAUUCGAGAAGUUCCGCAAGUUCGUGAACCGCACUCUUCCAUCCACAGACCUCAAGAUCUCCCUACACCGGACUCCCAUUCACACGCUGCCUACAAUGAAUAUCGAUGAGUCCAGUGUUACCGGUAAUGCCGACGUCCUUGAUGCGAUAUUCCGCGAACUGCAGCUCCACCGCGACCACCCCCAGUUCGCCAGCCUUGUCCGACUCGUGUUCGGCGACCAGCUCUCUGUCGCCCGCAUCCGCACCCUCAUCGCCCACCGCGCUGGCCAUGACCAACUGGCACUAGCACACGCGUACAUCGCUCUCGGACCCGGCCUCUUUCACCAUCAGGCAGCACUCACGCACGGGAUCAUGGAGACCCAUUUCGGCGAGCCCAACUCGUCCGACGGACAAGGAAGCAUGAAUGCGGCAAGUCUUUCGUUCUGGAACCAUGUAUUACAUCGCAAGUCCAUCUCUUUGUCCAACCUCCCACCAUACCGCACCUGUCGUGACCUCGUCUUCAUCUCCCUCACUGCCUGUGUUCUUGCAUGUCUGAAGAUCGUCGCUAACGCCACAUCUAUCGAAGAGUACGCCGCGACAGUGACGUUUGAAGAACUUCGUGGUCACGCUCUCAAGAUCCACCAGCAGUUCAACAACACCGACAUUGUGUACGGCCUACGUGCAGAGCGCAAAAAGGAGCUCAAUGAGCGCGUCGACCAGCACCAGGACGAACGCGAAGCCGCGGGGCUAGGCGACAAGGUUGAAAAACCACCAUUCGACCCUCUAGAAGGCGGCGAGAUCUCGAGCGGGGACAUGCUCACCGAGAACGCCCGCCUCUUCCUCCGCGACGCGCUUCUCAUGCGAGAGUUCAACGACGCUAUCAAGGGGGGUUACUCUGGCCGCAUCAUCCGCCUUCUCAAGACACUCACCUUUGUUUAUCGUGGCCUUGGUCGCACAAAGUAUGCUCAUGAGACUAUGCACCUCGUGCAUUCACUCACCAAUGUCUGGCCCGGGCCGUUGCGCGAUAUCGUCAUCAAGAACUGGCUUGUCAACCCCACCGGACGGGAGAACUCAUGGGUGCCUGUCGACCUGUUGCAGGAGCACAACAAUAUGUGGAUCAAGAGUGUAUACAAGGCGCACGGAAGUAAUGCGUCGUGGCCGUGGCUUGCAAUGAUCUCCCCAUGCAUCUCCACCCUCCGACACGUCACUACGCAAAUGACAUCUCUCUUCGGGGGUAAUACCGGCACGAAGCACUCCAGCCCAGGUCGAUCUCAUGACCUUACAGCCCUGAUAGCAUCAAUGGAUGCUCACAGGAUCUUCCACCUCGAGAAGGGGAGGGUUCUGCGAGGCAUGAAGAAGCCCGUGACACCCAACGCUCUCGAUGCCGGGGUGAACACGACUCCCGGGCCGCUCCGCGACUUCAAUGCCAAGUUCACUCGCCUCCAAAUGCGUCUACAGAGAACCCCGCUCCUGGAUCUGAAGACUGCUGAAGUGCUCCCUUCCGAGAACGGCAACGCUGAUGACGAGCUUGCUGCUGCGCAGGUACAAGUGGGUAUUUUUGUUCUCCCUCGUCCCGAGAUCUACCAAUAUUCACUCACACAAUCAGGUCGUCGACGAAGUUGA